AUGACCCCAGGGGCGGUAGUAUCCUCCCUGUAUUUUACGACAUCAAGGUCACAACAUGUGACGAGUGUGGCUCGCGCCAGAUCUAUGCCGUAUCUCUCAACACGCGAGGCUGACGCGGUGCCUACACCUCGCAACAUCGGCGCGUUAGGAGGAUACGAGGAUGUUACAAGGUUUGCGAUGUUGACAUCGCGACAGGCGCGAGGUGAGCUAGUGCGUGGAUUGCAGAGAAGCAGACAUGUUGCAAGAUCAUGA